AGAGCAGCGUCGCCGCAUGUCGCAGCAGUUCCGCCGGGCGGUCCGUCCGGCUGGCCGGCCGGCCUCGUCGCGACCGAAUCCGGUUACCACCCGCCCGCCACGCGCCGCAUCGGAGAGAGCCCCACGUGAUAACUCCGCUUCGGUCUUUGGUUCUCUGUGGUGAAAACAGGCAAGACAUGGAGGAGUGGUUGAACACACUAAGAACAGCGACGGACAGUCGUCCUCAGGGUGAUCCUGGAACUGCCGAGUUGCUAGGGGGUAAUCAUCAGUGGUAUGCAACUAGUCACGCUAGACCUACGUAUUGCAAUGUCUGCAGAGAUGCCCUGCACGGUGUUACUUCCCACGGUUUAAGUUGUGAGGCUUGUAAAUACAAGGUGCACAAGAGAUGUAGCGCAAAAGCAAUAAACAAUUGCAAGUGGACCACUUUAGCAUCCAUUGGAAAGGACAUCAUUGAGGACCAAGAUGGGAACAUCACAAUGCCACAUCAGUGGAUGGAGGGAAAUUUGCCGGUGUCCUCAAAAUGCUCUAUCUGUGAAAAGACAUGUGGCUCUGUACUUAGGCUGCAAGAUUGGCGGUGUUUAUGGUGCAAAACAACUGUGCAUACAGCAUGCAGACCUGCCAUAAGUAUCAAGUGUCCACUAGGACCAUCUAAACUCAGUGUAGUGCCUCCUACGGCUUUGCAUAGUAUAGGUAACGACGAAGCUUGGGAAGCAGUUAGACCUACGGGAUGCAGUCCACUUUUAGUAUUUGUAAACAGUAAAUCUGGUGACAAUCAAGGUAUUAAGUUUCUUAGGAGAUUUAAACAAUUAUUGAAUCCCGCACAAGUGUUCGACCUUAUAAACGGAGGACCAGGUCCAGGAUUAAGACUGUUCCGACACUUUGAUCCAUUCCGGAUCUUAGUCUGUAGUGGCGAUGGAUCCGUAGGAUGGGUGCUUUCAGAAAUCGAUCGGCUUGGAAUGCACGCGAAGCAAUGCCAGAUCGGGGUACUACCUUUGGGAACAGGAAAUGACUUGGCGCGCGUGUUGGGAUGGGGAUCGUCGUGCGACGAUGACACGCAUUUACCUCAGCUACUGGAGAAGUACGAGAAAGCGGGCACGAAGAUGCUGGAUCGAUGGAGUAUUAUGACAUUUGAACGCAGCAUAUCUCUGCCAUGUCACAAAGUGACUCAGCCCGACCCGGCUAUAAGAUCGAGCAUAGCUCAUCAGUACGAAGACAGCGUUCUAGCUCACAUAACAAACAUUUUGCAAUCUGAUCAGGAGAGCGUAGUUAUAUCUAGUGCCAAAGUUUUAUGUGAAACAGUAAAAGAUUUUGCAACACACAUACUGGAAGCCAGUCUAAACACAGGGGACCAACAAUUGGGAGAAAAAUGCACAAUACUUCAACAAAAACUCGACCUGUUGUUGCAAACAUUAUCGAAAGAGGAAAGCUAUUUAUCCGAUAGCACAGAAGACAUUGACAUUGGCACUCUAAAAACCGAAACUUUCAGCAGCGUCCAGGAGAAAGGUGCUUUAGAAAAGCCGGAGAAAGAAAUGACGAAUUUAAAAAAAGUCAAAAGAAGAAGAUGUUACAUGGAAAGAGAUGUUGUGAUGUCUCGAGCGAAUAGCUUGAAAAGAGCUAUCAGAAGAUUAGUGGAACACACGGAAACGGCUGUCGACGAGCAGAACGAUCCGAACGAGAAGCAAGGCGGCAAGAUGCCGAAUAUCACCAUAAUACCCGACAGUUCUCCGAUAAAUAUUAUGACGAGCAAAAAGCAUCAAUUGGAUAUCCCCGGUUUCUCGCCAACAGAUCGGGCCGACAGCAUAAGUUUAAUACCGACUGUAGAAUCCGUCAGCAGCAUAGAGAUUUCACCCUGCCCAAGUCCUACGCCUAACGUGGCAUCGUUGAGCCCAAUGCCGGAUUUGAGGAGAGACUCGCAGCCCGAGGAAUUACUGACUCUACCCGCGCCCGACGGUUUCGCCGACAGCAGGCGCAACAGCGAAAACAUACCGCAAGGAAUGCUCGGUUUCGACGUGGCCGGCGGCGGUCAGCAAGACGCUCAGACAGUUAACGAUAAUCUGCUGUCGUCCGAACCGACGCAAAUAGAAGUCUCCUCUGACGUUCCGACCGUGACGAGGACCAUUCUGGACACGAGUACGCCGUCGGACGACGGGACCAUGCAGGACACUAUCGUUUCGCCCGACACGGAUUCGCCACACUCGCGAAACAUUUCGCCGGAGCACGCGCAAAGACCCGCGACAGUUAAGUUGGAGACCAGAGGUAGUUGCACCAACAGUAUCGUCAGCACGGACAGCAUGGUCUCCGAGACUUUCGACUCCAAGAGCUACACCGUGCGAAACAGCGAGAGUGAAAUCGGUCAUAUAGACAGUGAUAUAUUCGACUCCACGAAAAGAUCGGAGAGCUCGGAGAUCGGGCACAUCGACUCGCCGGAUAAUUCCGACAUGCUCUCCAGCGAGACUCAACACUCGGAGAGCGGCUUGGAGGACUUGAGCUCCCUCGGGCAGGACGUGAUCAGCGCGAUAAUGGGCGAGAAGUACGAUUCUGUCAGGGAAGGCUUGGAGAUCGAGGAAUCGCAUAGGUAUUGCGGCUUAGCCCAGUUCAGCGAGGGCAACGACAUCGGGAGGCAUUCGUUCAAGAAGGGAGCAAAGAGCAUAAAGACGGAUAAAGAGCAGGCGAUGCUAGGUAGAUAUAAAACGGACGGUUUGGCAACGUGCGUGCGCGUCUCGAAUAAAUCGCCGCAAUCUGUGGAAACGAAUGUAGUACUUGCGAGUCGGUUAGAAACCGUUGAGAAGGAGAAGGCGUCCGACUUGCUGAGGCCGGUGUGCUGCUUCACCGUCUCGUCGGACAAUACGCAAACCAACGAAAAGUGCUCUACGAAUUUUCCGCCGCAGAUCAGCGUUAUCGUCGAUCCACCGAGUCCGUCGUUGUCGAUCGAGAGUCAUCACAAGCUUAACUUGGAUUACAAGCUGGAUCCGCACGACAAGCAGUACAGUAGCGGCAACAGUAUGGAAAGACUGAGCGUGGAGCUGCCCGACUCAGGCUUCUCUCCGCAGGCAACACGUCGUAUAAGCAGCGGCAGUUUGUUGAAGGCGUCGGAAGUUGUGUCGUUGGCCGCAACUACCGCUCGUCUGGGUGGCUCGAGCGUGAGCUUGCGCCACGAAAGAGCGAAAUCUGUGGACAAAACGGAGGACGUUAAGAAACUUCCUAUAAUAAAUCCCUUGGUUCGAUUGCCCAUGUGGCCAAAUGUAAGUGGCGGAGCUGGUCUCAUCAGUCAAGCAUUGCUGGCAAAUGCAGAUGCUCUGUGCGCAGCGGUAUCGCCAUUAAUGGAUCCCGAUGAAACAUUGAUGGAAGGCUACUUCGAACGAUGCGUCAUGAAUAAUUACUUCGGUAUCGGCAUAGACGCGAAGAUCAGUCUCGAUUUUCACAACAAGAGGGAAGAGCACCCUGAGAAAUGUCGAUCGCGCGCUAAGAACUACAUGUGGUACGGUGUCCUGGGAUCGAAACAGUGGAUACAGAAGACCUACAAGAAUCUCGAGCAGAGAGUUCAGCUGGAGUGCGACGGUCAAAGAAUACCGUUGCCCUCUCUGCAAGGGAUCGUCGUGUUAAAUAUACCGAGUUUCAUGGGCGGUACGAACUUUUGGGGAGGCACGAAGGAAGGGGAUCUAUUCUUAGCGCCGUCGUUCGACGAUCGCAUAUUGGAAGUGGUGGCGGUUUUCGGAUCCGUUCAAAUGGCUGCCUCGCGGCUCAUCAAUUUGCAACAUCACAGAAUAGCUCAAUGCCAGACAGUUCAGAUUAAUAUCUUGGGCGAAGAGGGUGUGCCGAUACAGGUCGACGGCGAGGCUUGGAUUCAACCACCUGGCAUUAUAAGGAUUAUACACAAGAAUCGCAUGCAAAUGCUUUACAGAAAUAGGGCGCUUGAGACCUCGUUGAGAGCGUGGGAGGAGAAGCAGCGCAGUACGUUGAGCACCGUAACCCAGUCUUCCUCCAUCAUGAGCAAUGCGUCGCAGUCUAGAUCACAGUUGCAAAUAUGUAAUAAGCCGCCGCAGUUGAACGACGAGGAGCUCAACAUUCUAUUCAGUUUCAUUGAAUCCGUGACGACUUUGGUCAAGUGGGUGAAACUGCUAAUUAUAUCACAUCCAACCCUGGAACCGGAUCUGUACCAAGUGGCCUCGCGAACUGCAAACGCGCUUGAACAAGUACACCCGGACGGCAAAAUCUUGCAAGGGAUAAGUCUGAGACCCGUGGUAACCGAGUUAGUAUCAAGCGCGCGACAAUUGUACGAAGAGUCUUGUGAGUUACUGCGCGAUAAAGCCCACAACUUGAAAUUACGGGAGGAUUUAGAGAACAAGUUGUCCCUAGCUCUGGCUAGUAUGGAACAGGAAUUGCGAAAGUGUACCUUUGACGAAGGAGGCACCGGGCUGGUUUACUUGCAAAAUAUUACCACGGAUGAUCAGGGAGAUAAAAAAAAUCGUCAUCGAGGGUUGUUCUGGUUAAAGUUCCGUCGCUUCGCUGGCAACUCGGGCGGCGCGGGUCAUCCGGCGCGAGAUCAGGUCACCACGUGGGGCGUGCAGGAGGUGUGCACCUGGCUAGAGAAUCUACAGCUGGGAGAAUACGCUGAGAAAUUCGUUUCUCACGAUAUACGCGGUAGGGAGCUAUUGACCCUAGCCCGCCGAGAUCUAAAGGAGCUGGGCAUCACCAAGGUGGGGCACGUUAAGCGCAUCUUACAAGCCAUCAAUGAUCUAAACAACUGAGUCACGCGAGUCGCGUUCACUUAGAAACGUUAAACUCCCCGUAUUCCCGAAGCGAGGAGUACGGUCACGAUAGGUAGCGAAAUGGUAAUCGAUGGUAAUGAAAUGGAGACCAUCGUCUGGAAUAUCAUUCCAAAUGCGCAAUUACAAGUCGACUAGACAGAGGAUAGCUUAUAUUGUUAAAAUCGGGUAUUUAACAAAGAGACCUUUCAUGACACACAUACACACAUAAGAUAAAUCCAUAGAAGAUAGAUAAUUAUAUUCUUAUCCUGAAACGUUAAUUACAAUACAAUUCCUGACCCGAGUGACAUCGAGUGGUGUUAAACGAAAGGAUAAUGUUCACCGCGGUAAAUAUCACUGUGGAAAGUAUCCGUCUACUACGUUACCGUAACAGAAGGAAACCAUUUUGCCUGUGCCAAAUAUAUAUCUAUUCUAUACUAGAACUCGCGCAAGAAACAGAGAAACAGAGCUGAAUUUGUUAUGCUGUGACAAAUUUACAGCGUAAUUCUAUUUAUAUAUCUAGACAGUGUG